GCACCCGCUAACCUGCACGCGCCUAGAGGACAACCUUGAUCCUGAGCAUUGAUUAAGAAACAAAAUGGCAAAAUCAAUGGAAGGGGUGAAUAGGAAUUGGCAGAAAGGACACACUGGAGCUGGACAUGAGCAUGAGAAGAAGUCAUUUUCUACCAGUGAUGACAGAUUCUGAAAUUAACAACAAAGAACACAAUGGAUGCUUUUCAGAACAAAUACAUGGUGUGGUUUGGUCAAAGAAGAAAAUCAAAGUAAAUUGCUUCGUCCUUUGAACUAAAACAUGGAAUGUAAUGAAUUGAAGGCACAAAUAUAAGAUAUCUCUAUAUAUAAUAUCAUCAAGAGCUUUAAAUUACCUGCACUGAUGAAUCGAUGAAAAAAAUAUCGAGGUUGGACCACAACCUAGAAUAAACAAUCUUAAAUCAAAUGAAUAGACAAUGCCAGGGCCUGUACCUCUGCAUGCGAUCUUCAGACUAAAAGAGCAGAAAAUGGCAGUAAGUUGUGCCGAUGUCCAGUUGAUAACACUCCUGGUAAUUAAAUUAUGGUUCAUAUCCUUAACCAUUUACGAUUCUGGUAUAAAUUAUGGUUCAUAUCCUUAACCAUUUAUUUCCACUGAACUUAACCAAAUAUAAAUCGUUUGGCUAUGGUCAUCCAGGCUAAUCAGCAUGAGUAUAUGCAUGCUGCUAGAGUGUUUCACUACAAACCAAUUUCACAUAUUCACUUGCAUGGCUUUUCGCACUCUAUCGUGAGUGACCGUGACCCUUCAACAACAACUUCCGUGCGAUUUAUUUCAUGUUUUGGCGGUGGGACCGCACAUAGGUUCAGCCAUCCAUCUGCAAUAUGGUGGCUAAGACCGAGGUGAUGAACAAGGUGACCGCCAUUUAUUACCGUUGCAUGACUAGCGCCCGUGCAUCCUUGGCAGUUGUUGGAGUGUCUGUAGUGGGAAAAUACUACUAUAACAACUAUUUUCACGACGCCUGUGAGCCUCCUCCAUGCUUGACCACAAAACAAGUCUACUAAGUUUGUCAUCGCCGAGGUUGCUUUGCAUGACUCCCAUUUCCUACAAAAAGUCUAGGCAUGACUCUCCCAUUUCCACUGCCCCACAGCUUGCAUGCACACUCACGCUCAUGACACGGUUCUACGGUACGAUAAAGUUAUGGAGUGCAUCAUUUCAACCACCUACACAGGCUUGAUUCAGAGGGCUUGCACUUGUAAAAUAUCCUCUUCUUUCCAUGAGAGCUUCUUCAGUAAGUUCCAUGGUGCCCUUGUACUGCAGAACUACCGAUACACUUGUUUGAGGAUGGUCGUGUGAUAGGGAUGUAAGUGGGAUCCCACUUAAUUCCCACUUCUAGUUCAUUAGGGAUUUGCUAGCUCAAAAUUGUGCUUCAAAAUUUGUACUGAAAUUGAAAUUUUGAACUAGAAGUGGGAUGUUGCUGGGAUCACACUUGACACCUUAUCGUCUGAUCUGGAUGGCAUACAAAAUCUUAUUAUUGUAACCCGCGCCGUGGCUUCUACCCGUACUUGCGAUGUGUGGGGACCAGCUUUAGAAUUUGCCACCAUCUGGGCUCCCCCUCGAUGAUUUGUUCAAGCACUGUGUGAAUUGAACUAAAAAAAAUCUUCUUGUCCAGGAGAGAAGAUAUGUUAUUGUGGUACAACAUUCCAGGUAACGUAACGUUUGGGUCAGAAGUCAACUAAUUCAGGUAGAUAUCCCUUGGAUUUAAUGGACUUAAGGUUGGCCACUUAUAAGAUUAGCGAGUAAUCAACUAACUCGAUAGAUAUCUCUUGGAGUUAAGAUUGGCCACUUAUAAGAUUAGCAGGAAGCCAAUUAAGUUGGAUGUAUAUCUAUUGGAGCUAAGAAUGACCACCUAUAAUAUUGCUAUUACUACGAGUUAGGUAUUUCCUAUAUAUACGAUGUGGUAGCACGCUAUAUAAAGCCAUCCAUCUGUCAUUUGUAAUCACCCCAAAACGAAGCCUACUCGCAUCUACCGGCAAUACACCCCCAAGCCCGAAGUCUCAUUGUUACAAACCACAAAAUUUAGGAUCUAAGAUCUUGUACAAAUAUCAAGGUUAGCAUAACACUCCGUAGAGAUCUUUGCCGUGCACAUGGAGCAUCAAUCACCAUGUAGUGAGUUUGCGGUGAUCACAUCCACCCUCGAGGGUGGCGACAACAUUACUAGGAUCUCCGCCAUGAACCAAACUGUGGUGCCCCUCACCAUGGGUGUGUCUCUCCCAGAUGCCGUGCAAUUGCAUCGCCUUAUUGCAAGCCUCUCCUCCAUUUUGUGCCAGUCUCACAACAAUAUCACAAUCAACCGUGUAGCCCGCAACACCUUGAAGGCUAUAAGAGCAUGCAUCAUCAAUGCUCGCAUGAUGGACCCCCUUGCUCACUACAAUGCCCUCAAAGCCAUAAACAAUUGCUGGGAGGAUGAGGCCUUCGGGUACAUUUUACGUGACCCAGUGGAUCUGAGAUCAUUGACAGUCCAAGCGCAGCAAGGUGCACUGAAGAUUUUAUGUGCAUGCCUCCCCCGCUUGCCCGGCAAUGUCAAUGACAUGAGAUGUGUCGUGGCCUUCGUCUCGCUGCUAACGUCGGUGCAUACCGACAUAGUGUGUGGAUGCGCGGAUGCCCUAUUGUCAUUGUCCCCGUUUGUGCCAGGCUUUGCAUGUGCUAUCACAAAAGCCUACUACAAUUGCCUCUCAAAGACCCCACCUCUACAAAUCGACAACGUGAUAACGGUUCUUGAUCGUCUACGGCAGCUCAGCUCAGCUAUCAAGGCUAACUCGGAUGUGGACAAUGUAGCAAUUUGUGUUCUUCGUGCACUAGUAAUCCGUGAUCACGUACUGCAACAGAAGAUUCUGGACCUCGCAGUGGACAUCCUCAAUCCACGGAACGUCGAAAACAUAGUCCAGCUCGUGCGUAACGAGAUGGAUCCAACGGUCACUAAUGUUGAAUACCGCGAUAUGCUACAGAAGACGAUCGACGCAUGCUACAUCAAAUACCUGAUGGGCUAAAUGUAACAUGUCUCAGAGGAAAUCACAUAGAGUAUGAUAUUGUUCUAUGUCUAUGUCAUACAAAUGCAUAUCAUUUUAUCCGUUGAAUAAACUAUCAUUCUAUUUCGUAACUUGUUUGUCAUACACAUUUUAUUUGUUGUGAUGUUGUUCAAAGUACUUGGUCAAAAUCUUUUAAACAAAAGACAAGCUGACAGCCAAGGUUUAGCGGCUAAUUACUUUUAACAUAAC